AUGCCGCUCCAAUAUAGAAGGUCAAAGAAAGAUGGAAGGAAGAGAGCCUAUUCAGUGGUCUCGAGCGAUGCAGGUGCACAUCCCGAAUCUGUUCCGAGCCCUACACCUGUCGAGACCAGUUUACCUCCUCAACAGCCCAACAGGUCAAGGCAAACCCUAAAGUCGCCUCCCAUUCCAGAGAACCCGCCUCAAAAGCCAGGAGAGCCGGAGAUGACGAUGCCUAAUGUGUUUCAGUUCCUGGAAGAGGACAAUGGAUUGUCUUCAGGCGUAUCUUCCGGGUCCGAGUCCUUGUCUGAAUCAGAUGAGGAACUAGAGCGUCGACGCCAUAUGCGGGCUACCACCAGGGUCCAGUAUCCCAAACCACGGGUCAACACUGUGCCUCAGGGUGUUCUGGUCUCAGGGGGUAAUGCACCUCCAAGGAAAGCCACGAGACCACCUCCAGUGGCUCCAAAAGCCCCAACUGAACCGCGAAAACAAACAGCAGCACCUACCCCUGCCGCAUGGUAUCAAAUGGUUUCUCAGAAGAAACAACCCACCACAAAGCCGAGUCCGAUCUCAACUGCAAGCCCGCCCUCUGGAAACGCGCAAGUAACAGUAUCCCGACCCCAACCCCAAUCCCAUCAUGGGUCAUCGAGGGAUAUCGCUACUGUCCACAGGCCACCGCUGCCACCAUCCCCACCGAGAAGUCCAGAGGAAAUCACCCACCACCCAGCGCCGACAAAGAGAAGGGAACCAAGCCCGUCGCCGCAAGUGGAGUCCGGAUAUGGACUGUUAGCUGCCCACCUAACCAACUCGGCAUCAGAAGAAAGCGGCGGCUUCGCUCCGCUCUACCGGCGCUUCGAAACCAUUAAUCACCGCGUUCUCCUCCAUCUCCAAGACGAAAUUUCCCAGAUGGAAGAAGACCUCCACGCCCUCGAUGACUACGAGGAAAUGCAUCGCGUCAACACUGCCGAGCAAGAAGGCACGAAGCCCUUACUGGCCUCACGACGCCGCGACGCCCAAUCCCAAGCCUACUCCUCACUGCAUUAUCGCCGUAUGGAUCUGAUGGGCAUUUUGAUCCAAAAAACAGAGCAAUACAACAACGCUCUCAGCGCCUACAGCAAAGUCCUCCAGACCCUGCCUCGCGCCUCGGAUCAGGACGUCACCAACUACCGCAACUGGAUGAGAGAACACAGACCCGUCGCCGGGAUCGAGACCAGAUUCCUAAUCUACAACGCCGAUCUAGUCUCUCUCACUCCGCGAAGGGCCGUCCCCGAGUCCGCAGUCCCGGUCUAUAUAUCCAUCAUCCUCGCCUCCGCUGCGAUCCUGCUACCAAUGCUGGCAUUCAGUCCGAUUACCGGAUUCUCCACCCGUAUAAUCAUUGUCACGGUCGUUGGCGGCGGUGCAGCGGCCAUUGCGGCGAAGUUCUCCAUUGGUGCUGAGAUCCUGGUUGACCCGAAGGAUGGUUGGUGCUGUGCCGGAAUAUAUUUCGGUUUUAUGGGUUUAGCUGCUAUGCUUAUUCCCUAG